CCCGUGGUGCCCCCGUCCCGGGCCUUCCCUCUGUGACCUCACGGCCUCUGUGACCUCACAGCCAGCAGAGGCUCGGUGCCAGGCAGAGUGAGGGAGGCCGCUGCCUGACCCAGGUCUGUGUCCACGCGGCGGCCCGAGCCCCGUGUCCCCCAGCCCUGCCCGGGUCCCCUCAGCUGAUCUCCGUCCCUGCCCCUCCGACCGCGACCGCUUCGGGCCCUGCCUGAGUCCCUGUGCCCAGUUGAGACUCUGCCCGUGUCCCCCGCCCCCCGCCCGCCCGUCUUGCCUUCAGGAUGAGGUACGCACCAGAGUACAGGAAGUCCCCGUCCAGCCUCCUGAAGAAGUUUGCAGUGUGCGACAUCCCACUGUAUGACAUCUGUGACUACAACAUCAGCCGCGACCACUGCAAGGAGCUGGGUUGCUGCUUCUACAAGGGUGUCUGCUACGAGAAGGCCGUGCCCAGCUACGUGCAGGUGUUCUCUGCCCUCAUCGUUAUUGUGGCCACGGCCUUUAUCAUCACCAUCAUAUACAGGCUUGUCCAGGAGAGCCGGCAGAAGAAGCAGGUGCCUUCACAGCCGCCCUCGUCCACCAAGUCCAGCGUGAAGCUGGAAUCUCAGUCCGGGGACCAGCCGUCUGUGCUCAUGGAGUCUUCCAGCAAGGCCUCGGGGGAGGACGGUGUGCAGGGCACCCUGACCCUCUCGGACGACGGGGAUGAGUUUGACGAGUGAGGCCGUGGACGGGGGGGCCUGUGGGG